GUGGGCUCAAGCGAAAGCAAAUCCACCUAGCUGGACCCGCGUUGGUUUGUGAAAUCUCUGGAUUUUCGACCCUUUUGAUGCUUUGUUGGGUGACCUUUGUGGUGUUCGUGCUCUACGCCAGAGCCACAAGGAUCUCACAGUCUGCGGAGUUAGACGAUGUGUUGGACGCAACAAAUCCCUACUUCAGUAUCCAAGCGGCGCAGAAGAAGGUGGUCAACGGUGACCAUGGCAGCUAUGUGCUUGGGGGCUUAUUGGGCCAUGGGGCUUACGGCUGGGUCUACAAGGCCACAGAUCGGAACAGUGGCAGGCUCUUGGUGGCGAAACUCAUCGACAUCCGCCUGGCCGAGUCGCUGGAGUCCUUUCACACCGAGUACCGCAUCUGGAAGCAUAUGCAGAGCUGCGACGGAUAUCCACAUCCCAAUGUUGUGCAGCACAUAGAAGUGCUCAAGCUCUCGAAAAUCAUAGGUGUCGUGAUUAUGGAGCAUGCUGCAGGCGGUAGCCUUUCUGGUACUCUCUACGAAAAAGUCACCGCGGAGACAGCCUCGAGUGGAGUGCGCACGAAGCUGGGAAACGCACUCCUAACAGAUGAAGCGCUUGCCAAGAAACUCUUCGGUCAGCUGGCGGCUGGAGCUCAAUGGCUUGCGAGAUGUGGGGUGGUGCACAAGGACUUGAAGCCGGACAACAUCAUGCUUUCGAAGCCCUUCUUGGAAGGUGGUGUCUUGAAAAUCAUUGACUUUGGGCUGGCCAUGUUGACCAGUGAUACUCGAGGAGGAGCGCUUGCAAACAUGUACUACAAUCUCGUCAGCAGUGUUUGGCCAGGAAACAAGGUGGCAACACGGACCUUCGAUGAUUUUGCUGUCGGCUUGCUUUUGGCAGAGAUUGGAACUGGUGUGCCACCUUAUUUCAACCCAGGAAAUGACUAUGGUUCGACGGCGGAGGGGAACUUGCAGAACGAGAAAGGCAUAUUCUACAUCCUGCAACAUAAGACCAUUUGUGACAGAGGGCAAGCUGGCCUAGAUAAAUCCAUCAAUCCGAAAACGGAUCUGGCCCAAGGCGUCGUGCCAAUCAAACAGGCAGUGAAGGAAGUGGUGGGACGCUCGCUUUACUACCUGCAGCACGGAAGGCACUUUGAACACAAAAGUGCAACUAAAAAUGGGAUUGGCAAUGUUGCACUUCUGAGGCGUUCGUGGCUCUACAAUUCGCAGGCAGCGAUGAGUCUCCUGGAGUCAUUGACAACCAGUAAGGAGGAGCAGCGUGCAGAUCUGCGGACGUUGAUGUCUUGGCCUUGGCUCCAAGGUGAGGGACCUGUGGAGCCCCAGCAGCUCCGGGAGCCCGAGGUGAUGGAGCAGCCAGAGCCAGAGCCGGAGCUAGAAUGGGAGGACGAAGAGGUCCCAGAGGUUGAGGAAGAGCCUGAGAAGGAGGAGGAUCUUGAUGUCCUGUCUGAGACAGAAACCGCACCGGCGCUGGUGCCAACGGUGAAUAUGUGCAAGAACCCCUUCAAGGAAAGUGGUCCAGCAUCUAUUUGCAAGGUGCGUCACAGUUGGAGCCCUGGGGACUGCUAUGUGAACGUCAGCUGCAAUGGUGCUCCGAAAGAAAUCAGGAAGCUUGAGCAGGGCUUUGGAGCUGGGACCGUGCCAAACUGCAGGAAUUGCCGCCUGUGACUGUGAGAAGGUGGAUUCAGGGCCAAGGCCAGUGAUAGAACCAUCAUGUUUCUGAGUGAGCUCUUGAAACUCGUCCUAUUCUUGGAAGGUGCUGCUCGGAUUUUGGAAACCCUUUCAGAGAGAAAGAGAAAACACCGCGUCCAGUUACGCGGGUGCAGCGCAACUAUGGCUGCUAUGUCGGAUAGUUCAUCUCCCUAUAGGUUGCAGUCUGCAAGGGUGUCACGAAGUAUUCUGUGGCAUUCUGCAGUGUUUGAGGGG